CAUCAACGCUUUCCUCAUGCUCAUCGCUGCGUAUGGUAACCUGGUCCUCUUGUCUCUGACCGUGGUCAUGGAGGCGGUUCUGGUGUGUUUCCUCCUGUCCACUCUGCAACAGCUCCCCUACCAGCUGGAGAUUGCCAUGCUAGCUGUGUUCUCUGUCGUCUGUCUAUAUGGAACCCUGGCAUCACUGGUCAACGGUACCUUCCGCCAGAGUGUGAUGCCCAUGGGGCCUCCACUGGUUAAGGAUGUGAAUCAGCAGCAGAAGUCCUCCCCUGCCCUGCCUUGUCCCGUGGCAGACUCCAGACUGACCAGCGGUCUUCUGAAGAUCUCCAGACUGCUGGACGACGGGGGGGUCUGUGGAAUCCCCACCGAUACGGUCUACGCCCUGGCCGCAUCCUGCAAGAACCCUCAGGCCAUCGAGAACAUCUACAACAUUAAGGACCGUCCAGCAGAGAAGCCCAUCUGUAUCUGUAUCUCCAGUGUGGAGCAGCUGGUGGCAGCCAAGCCCCCAUUCAGCUCUCUACUCUGGGAAUUCAUGAGGAACGUCUACCCUGGAGGGAUCAGCUGCAUCGUCAGCAAGGGAGACUGGCUACUCAGACUGGGUGUGGGUCCGGCCUACGACCGCGUGGGGACCAAUGAUAGCAUCAUGAUCCGAGUCCCUGACCACACCGUCACAGGACACCUGUGUGACAUCACCGGACCACUUGCCAUCACCUCAGCCAAUCCCAGUGGAGAACCCGACAGCACGCACCACGACAUGGUCAUCAGUCGGCUUGGCCAUAAGAUCCAGGGGGUUCUGUGUGACGGGGAUUCCAACGAGAUCGUAGCCUCAACGGUGGUGAACUGCCUCAAGAUAGAUGAAGGCACGAUUAGUAUCGUGAGGGAAGGCUGCGUCCCGGCGGUGAAGGUCCGACAGAUCUUUGAGAGGGUGAAGACCAGUAUGUUGUGAGGAGGACCAUUCCCUCCGUCCCUCUAUCCUCUCUUCCAUCCAGCUCCCCUCCCCCAUUCUCUCCCUCCAUCCUCUGUUGACCAAUGACGACACUCAGAUCAGAUACUGGACCCACCCACCUCAGGCCACCAUCCAAUGUGUCUCUCCAACAUGUUGAGGAACAGUUGUUACAUAUUUAUUCUGUAUGUUGUUGACGUAAUCAUAUGUAAAUAUGUGCAUUUUAGAUUCGAUUUUCGGAUUAUAAGUAUGUUUUGUUUUGUUCUGUAUGAUUUGAUUAUGUAAAAUGAAGUGGUAACAGAAAUUAUACUCUAAUGAUGUUGUGCUCUAAAUGAGGGAUUAAUGAAGGAUGAUGUUGUGCUCUAAAUGAGGGAUUAAUGAAGGAUGAUGUUGUGCUCUAAAUGAGGGAUUAAUGAAGGAUGAUGUUGUGCUCUAAAUGAGGGAUUAAUGAAGGAUGAUGCUGUGCUCUAAAUGAGGGAUUAAUGAAGGAUGAUGUUGUGCUCUAAAUGAGGGAUUAAUGAAGGAUGAUGUAGUUCUCUAAAUGAGGGAUUAAUGAAGGAUGAUGUUGUGCUCUAAAUGAGGGAUUAAUGAAGGAUGAUGUAGUGCUCUAAAUGAGGGAUUAAUGAAGGAUGAUGUAGUGCUCUAAAUGAGGGAUUAAUGAAGGAUGAUGUUGUGCUCUAAAUGAGGGAUUAAUGAAGGAUGAUGUUGUGCUCUAAAUGAGGGAUUAAUGAAGGAUGAUGUAGUUCUCUAAAUGAGGGAUUAAUGAAGGAUGAUGUUGUGCUCUAAAUGAGGGAUUAAUGAAGGAUGAUGUAGUGCUCUAAAUGAGGGAUUAAUGAAGGAUGAUGUAUGUG